UGUCCGAGAGCCAUGGCAAAGAUUGGACUUGUGAUCUGCAUCCUGGUGAUUACCUUACUCCUGGACCAGACCAGCAGCCACACGUCCAGACUGAAAGCCAGGAAGCACAGCAAACGCCGAGUGAAAGAGAAAGAUGGAGACCUGAAAACUCAAGUUGAAAAGCUCUGGAGAGAAGUCAAUGCGCUGAAGGAAAUGCAGGCCCUGCAGACAGUCUGCCUCCGAGGCACGAAAUUUUAUAAGAAAUGCUACCUGGCUUCAGAAGGCUUGAAACAUUACCAUGAAGCCAAUGAAGACUGUAUUUCCAAAGGAGGGACCCUGGUUAUCCCCAGGAACUCUGACGAAACCAACGCCCUCCGAGACUACGGUAAAAAGAGCAUGCCAGGUGUCAACGACUUCUGGCUGGGCAUCAACGACAUGGUCACAGAUGGCAAGUUUGUUGAUGUCAAUGGAGCCGCGGUCUCCUUCCUCAACUGGGACCGUGCACAACCUAAUGGUGGUAAGCGGGAAAACUGUGUCCUCUUCUCCCAGUCAGCUCAAGGGAAAUGGAGCGACGAGGUCUGUCGCAGCAGUAAGAGGUACAUAUGUGAGUUUACCAUCCCUUAAGA